UUUUUUUUUUUUUUUGACUGGGCUUGAAUGAAAUCCUUCUCUCUUUACAGCAUGAAUACGGACAUUAUUGCCCUUUAACCGCCCGAGAGGAGACUCAACAGCCCAGUGAGCCUGGAGGGGGUUAGAUGGGAUGGAUAGCAAAGGUAGCUCCCUGCCUUCGAUGCCUGAACCAGCCAACCCUAUCAGCAUGAAGCAGCCGCCGGAGUCCCUCAGCGUCCGGAAAGGUGGGGGGGACAUGAGCAGUGACCCCGCUCUGCUCAUAGACAAAGCUGCUGCCCAGCUGGCCGCCACACUACAAGACGGCGUCCUUCAGAAGAUGGCUGGCCACAGUCACAACAACAACAACCACAGCCACGAGAGGCUCAAAGACCUCACCUCCCUCGUGCUGAACGGGGACCAGGACACGCUGCCGAAGCUCUGCGCUCCCGAGCCGAAGGGCGCCGAAGUCCCCGCUACGAACGGGACGCGUCAGCACAACUGCACUCCGCACGCCGAGCCCGAACUGAAGGUGACGAUACCCCAGGUGGUCAAGCAGCCGCUGUUCGAGUCGUGCUGUGCCAACGGGACCAGUUUGGCCACCGAAGACACCGUAUCUGGUUCUGAGAAGAGACAGGACGCGAAGAAAAGGAGGGGGAGACCUCACAAACCAAAACCUCAACCCAACAUCAGUUCCUCUCCCGUCCCCGUGGAGCCGCUUGACCACGAAAAGGCUGUAGAUGGAACUGAAACACUCGAUCAGCCUGAUCUCGGCCCAGAGUUGACGGAGGAGGCUAAAGACGAUCCCCCUCUGCUGAUGUGUUUUUCUGUCGGUGAUUUGGUUUGGACCAAGGUGUCAGGAUACCCCUGGUGGCCUUGCAUGGUGACCACGGACCCAGAACUGAACAAUCACUUCAAACAGAAAGCUGCCAACAGCAGGUCGGGCCUCCUUUACCACGUGCAGUAUUUUGGGGACGCCCCAGAGAGAGGCUACAUCUUUGAGAAGAACAUGGUGUCCUUCACUGGGGAGGAUCAAUACCAGGAGCUGAGCCAGGGCAGCAAACAGCCAGCCUCGCGUGUCAUCCAUAAAAAGGCUCCCACUGUGCCCCGUAAGCUUGAGGCUCAGUGGAACAUGGGCGUCAGUCAAGCCGAGGAGGCCCUCAGCAUGUCACUGGAUGAGCGCAUGGCGUACUUCGCAUUCCUGUAUGAUGAUGAUGGGCCUCAUCUGAACCCGCACAUCGUGGAGAAGUUGAAGCCAGAAGAGAGCAACGAGAUGGACGAGGAAACGGAGUCUAGGCUCAGCCCAGAUCUCCCCUCGCUGCUGAUGGGCCCCGCCGACGACCCCACAACCGCCCCUCAGUCCCCAGACAGCACUUCCCCGGGGAAAAAGACACAAGCACCCAGAACGAAACUCAAAACGGGAGGAUGGCAGAAAAGGGGCAAAGGCCAUCUAAAUGAUUUCCUGUUGAAAGAGAGUUUGAACGACACUGUUUCGUCCAAAGAAAUGCUUCUGCCGCAGUCGGCCUCGCAGGAUCCCACCACUUCUGUACCAGAUACACAAGCUGAAUCAGUCAUACCUCAGAAAAAAAAGAGGAGACCCAAACAGGCUCAGUCUCCCACGAAAACAGUGAGGAGAAGGAAGAAAGCUGCAAGGGACAACACUUCUGAUCCUGCGACGAUAAGGAAAUCAAAGCUGCUGGUUUCUUCGACAGACAAUAUUUCCGAACCAGUUUCAGUUCCAGUCAAGAGGGAGCGGAAGAAGACCUCUAAAAGGCCGCUAACAGACACUUUGGCCGACAAGGAUCAGCAGCCUAAAAAAAGACGUAGAACAAGCAAAAAUGCUGAAAAUCAGGCCUCACCUUCAGAAGGAACAGACAAAAAGCAGAGACGGAGACGAAAGAAAACUGACAAAGACGUAAAAGAAACUAAGAGGCGACUGAAGAAGCCAAACACGGUCCUCACUGAUGAUCAAGACGCAGGGAAACCAAAGCGUAGGAGAAAAAGGAAACAGGCUGGAGACAACCAGGCCACACCCUCCAGGGCGAAGAAGAGGCGGUCCUCCCCGUGUCUUGAUCCAGAGGGCUCUGGGAGUGAAGGACGUCCUGAUUCUCCGAGUGACAGCUUAGACGGGACAAAGAAAGGCGAACGGAAGAAAGAGUUUGUCUGCCAGAUGUGUGAGCAGGCCGGUGAGGACCUGGUGCCCUGUGAAGGACAGUGCUGUGGGAUGUUUCACCUGCACUGUCUGGGUCUGUCAUUCAAACCCGAUGAGAAGCUGCUGUGUCAGGAGUGCAGCACAGGAAUUCACUCGUGUUUCAACUGUAAGCAGUCGGAGGGCGAGGUGCGUCGCUGCCACGUUCCACAGUGCGGCAAGUUUUACCAUGAGGAGUGUAUCCGCCACAACCCCCUCACUGUGUUCGACAACAAGGGCUUCCGCUGUCCGCUCCACACCUGCCUGGGCUGUCACUACGGCUGCCGCACCAAGCCCAAGUCCACCAAGGGUAGGUUGAUGCGUUGCUUGCGCUGCCCCGUCGCCUACCACGUCGGUGACCUGUGUGUGGCUGCGGGCAGUGAGAUGAUCACCAACACUGCCAUCAUCUGCACCAACCACUUCAAUGCCAAGAAGGGCUACAGUCACCACAGUCACGUCAACGUCAGCUGGUGCUUCGUCUGCUCCAAAGGGGGGCAACUGCUUUGCUGUGAAUCUUGUCCAGCAGCUUUUCACCCCGACUGCCUGAACAUCGCUAUGCCCGAUGGGAGCUGGUUCUGCAACGACUGCCGGGCCGGAAAGAAACCUAAAUACAGAGACAUCAUCUGGGUCAAACUGGGAACAUACAGAUGGUGGCCUGCAGAGAUCCACCACCCCAGGAACAUCCCCACCAACAUCCAGCAUCUCCGACACGAGAUAGGAGAGUUCCCAGUCUUCUUCUUCGGCUCCAAGGACUACUUCUGGACUCACCAGGGCCGAGUGUUUCCAUACAUGGAGGGAGACCGGGGCAGCAAGCACCAGAGGACCGGCAUCGGCAAAGUUUUCAAGAAUGCUCUGUUGGAGGCUGAAGCUCGAUUCAAGGAGAUAAAAAUUAAGCGAGAGGCGAAGGAAGCUCAAGAGAACAGUCGAAAACCACCCCCAUAUAAAUUUAUCAAGGUCAACAAACCCUUUGGUAAGGUUCAGGUCUACACAGCAGACAUUUCCGAGAUCCCCAAGUGCAACUGCAAGCCGACAGACGAGAGGCCGUGUGGGUUCGAGUCCGAGUGUCUGAACCGCAUGCUUCAGUACGAGUGCCACCCUCAGGUGUGUCCCAACGGGGAGCGUUGCUGUAACCAGGACUUCACCAAACGUCUCUACCCAGAGACCAAGAUCAUCAAGACGCCCGGCAAGGGCUGGGGUCUGGUCUCUCUGCGGGACAUCAAGAAGGGUGAGUUUGUGAACGAGUACAUCGGCGAGCUGAUCGACGAGGAGGAGUGCCGGGCGAGGAUCAAGUACGCCCAGGAAAACAACAUCACUGAUUUCUACAUGCUCACCAUCGACAAGGACCGGAUCAUUGACGCUGGUCCGAAGGGGAACUACUCUCGCUUCAUGAACCACAGCUGUCAGCCCAACUGUGAGACGCAGAAGUGGACGGUGAACGGCGACACGCGCGUCGGCCUGUUCGCCGUCUGUGACAUCCCAAUCGGUACCGAGUUGACCUUUAAUUACAACCUGGAUUGCCUCGGAAAUGAGAAGACCGUCUGUCGCUGCGGCGCUCCCAACUGCAGUGGUUUCCUUGGUGACCGGCCUAAGAACUCCAACGGCCAAACAGCCGAGCCAAAAGGGAAGAGGUUGAAGAGAAAGUAUAAAAAGAGGAAAUCUGAGGGAAAGAAGAAGUCUGAGGAUGAUUGUUUCCGCUGCGGCGACGGCGGGCAGCUGGUGCUCUGUGACAAGAAGACCUGCACCAAAGCUUAUCAUCUGUCCUGCCUGAACCUCACCAAGAGACCCUUCGGCCGCUGGGACUGCCCCUGGCACCAUUGUGACGUCUGCGGGAAGAACUCGGAGGCCUUCUGCCAGCUCUGCCCCAACUCCUUCUGCAAGGCUCACCAGGAGGGGGCGCUGCGUCCCUGGCCUCCCACAGGACAGCUGUGCUGUCUGGAGCACGACGAGCUGGAAGGAACGGACAACCAGGAUCAGGAUGUCGGCUCUGAAACGACCGCCACCGCUGCCACCAUCGCCGGCCGUCCUUCCAAAGGCUCCCGGAAGGCAGAAGGAGCCGAGGUGAAAACGAAGGGCUCCAAGAGGAAAGCAGCAGAGGCCUAAAAGGAAACUUUGAGCCCUCAGAGAGCCAGAAGACCAAACUAGACUCUGACACCUGCUCCCCCAGUUCACGAACAAAUAUAAACCCCACGUAAUGUCUGCAAGAUCACCAGAACCAAGACACUGUACAUCUUCGUCAUCAGGGAAAGCCGCUGAUCUCUCACACGCUCGGCAACAGCCUCCAGCUAACUGCAAACAUGGCGUAUUUUAUUUGUGAACGUUUUCAGGUUUAUUUUCUCUCGUCUGCACUGAGGCGAACCGUCUGUGGUAAAGCACAAAGCAGCUGAGCGAGUGCGGGGCAGGAAACUUCAGCUCGUGGAUUCUAACUCUCAUUCUUCCACCAACCAAACUGCCUUUUUUUGUUUUGUUUUGUUGUCGUCUUUGUUUUGAUGAUUUGAUUUUUAGAAUAACAAAAGAAACCAGUUGGUUUCUGCAGGAAAAAAAAACUGAAGUUAAACUGAGCGGCAGCGUCGGCGUCACCGCCCGCUAACUUGAACCUCAGUCACCCCCUUCACGCAACACGGAUGAUCUUGAACAGCAGAGUUUUAUAGCUAUAUCUAUAUAUGUGUAUAUCAAAGACCAAAAUUAUGAUUACUGGAAUAGUGUAAGACAUCAAACAGGUUGCCAAAUGGAUUGUUUUUAUUUUUAUAUAUAGUGUAUAUAUGCCAGAUGUACUAUGGAAACACCAAGACACUAUGGAUAGGCCUCAGAUGACCUCUUUACUUCUCUUUCGUAGCCAUAGGUUACAUUUAACUGUAGACAUUUGUUUGAUAUUUUACAACCUGUUAUUUUGUUUUAGCUCAGUUUUACUGUUCAAAUCUGAUUUUUUUUAUUUUAUUUUACACGUCAGCAUGCUGAAUGAUGGCACACAGACCGUUUAUCUACCUGCCUGUCCAGAGAACGAGGGAUUACAGGAAGUAUUAAAACCCCAGAGCGCUCUUCAACUGCCGUCUGAUAUAAAAACACUACUGGGAGGUUUAGAGAUGUUCAACGCUCUGCUCCUUGUCAGAGAAAUGAAGGAUUACGUGUGAUUUCUCUAAGUUGAGUUGUGAGUCCUAACCCUUCACGGUGCUGUUUGUCUUUCCACUGCAGCGUCUGAAGGCACAAAGAGUUUUCUGUAUAAACACACACAUCAUGCUGAUUCAAAUUCUGAACGCCUUUCAGUGUCACUGGCCGGACUUUUUUUAUUGAUGAGAACUUCAUUGAAUAGUUGGUCUGUAGCUGAGGUUGGAAACGAAAAGGCCUCAGCUGUUUUUUAAUCCUCAGGAGGUUUUUAGUCUAAACUGCGUCGUGCUUGUUGUUUAAUGCUGUAGAGCAGGCUAACGGCUCACUGUAUGACACCUUGUAACUGCAAUUUUGGUAAGAUUUUACACAUUUGUACUUGACGUGAAGCAUUACAGGUAGUUAGGAGAGAGUUAAGGAAACUGUGUCAGGCUGUGCUGUUGAACAUCAGUGUUAUCCGUGAGCUCCGUCUGCUCUCGACUGAAGUUACUGUAAUUAUCGGUUUUUGACUUUUGACGAAGACGAUUUGCAUCAUCAAACAUCUUAAAGUUAAAACUAUAACUGAGAAACCCAAAAACAGAAAUAUAUGGACGUCUGAACUCCGCUAAAGUCUUUAAGAAACCGGAUUUUAAUGGAUGUUAGAGUGAAAAGGUUGAUUUAUUACGUAGUUGGAGGAAUUAUCAGUCUUUUUUCACCAUAAUCUGAGAUUUAAAGACAAAUAAGAGGCAGAUUAAUCAAUAAUGAAAGCGAGCGGUGUUUCCCGCCCUCGUACUGAUAGUGCUAUAUUAUCAACACACUAUAUGUUUAAUGCUGUUCUGUCUGUAGCCCUCACAGGACCCACUCUGCACUCCCACAGCAAUCUUGAAGUUCCUGGUGAGUUUUCUGGUGCUACUUCACGUCCAGUCUAAUGAAACUGAGGCUCCUCACUGAAACAUAUAAAGGCAUUGUUUGAUAGUUGUUUCAUUCUGGUGCAGAUUUAAGUAUUUACUGUCACGAGCUCCAGCUGCAGCCUGUGGUUUCAGACUUCAUUCCCUCAUUUUGACGCUUUCACUAACUGAACGACCUGCAGCCCCACACACGAUCACGUGGGCGCUCUUUCAGACGCCGACAUUUAUAGACUCUUUGUGAGCGACAGCCUUUUUGUCUUGAGGCAGCACGUAUUUGCACUCGGCGUGGGAGAGGUGCUUGCAGAGGAACGUUCCUCCUUUUUAAAUCUUUUGAGUCGGUAUUGAAAAGGCUUCGUGUUGAUACGGGUGUACAGUCACUACACGCUGUCAGCGCGUCUGAAGUGAUGAGCCUGACGUCUGUUAGGCUGGAGCUGGUAGUCACACCGAGCUGAGCCUUACAGAGUCCUGAACCGGUUCACACUCACAUGUCCUGACGUCCGUCUGCCUCAGCCGUGAUUAUCGUACGUCUGUCGAAUGGAUCUGUCGUAUUUAUCUCGCAUCAAGCAAACGUUUAAUGUUUACAGUUCUUCUCAUCAGCCUCUCUUUUGGGUCGGUCACGAGGCUACAAACAAAAGUCUUGUGCUUUUUUUUUUUUUUUUUAAAUGUCAUAUUUGACGUGUUGGACAGUUUUCGUCUUUAGAAUCUGAAUCUCUUCAAACAGGCGGCUUGUUUUGGACUUUUUUUAAAAUCUUAAAGCCACUAUCUGUGCUUCUUCUUCCUCUCUAAAACUCCCCAAAUAACAGAAAUAACAGAUCUAAGGUGUACAGAUGCAACAGGCCAAUUUUUUUUGUUUUUUUUUACAACUGCACCUUUUUUAUUUUAUUUUUUAUUUUUUAUGUUCUCCUUUUUCCCAGGGCGUGUGAAUGGGGCAUGUCCAGAGGUGCAGCGAGUCUCGUACAAGUAUUUUUGACUUUGUAUGUAUCCUAACCUUGUGUUGAGUGAAUGUAGUCCAGCCAGUUAUUUUUGUAAGCACUGUAAUUCCCUGUAGAGCUGAAGUGUAACACGUGCGUAGGGGUUUCUCAUUCUGUAACUACUGUCAUAGUAAACCAGAGACUAAUAUGUACAUAAUGUAUAAGUGGUAAUAGUGAUGCAUCUAUUGUAAAUAUACAAUUUCUCUGACAUUGUAUGUUUUUUUUUUUGUUUUUUUUUCCUUGAUGCAGUGCUGAAACACUUUUGUGCAGGAUCUCACGUCUGUUGAAUCGUGCAAUAAAAAGUGACAUCCGCC